AUGAAAUUAUUUAAUAAUAAUUUUCUGUUAUUUUUGUUUAUUUCUUCAGUUAUUUUUCUUCAAAUUUUGGCACGGCCAUCAUCUAAAUUAAAAAGGAGUUCAUUAGGAGGUGUCGAUCUUCGAUUGCCAUAUCGUUUUAUUCCAAAUAAUUUACUAAUAGAAAACAAUAGAUUUCGACGUUCACAGCCGUUAUUACCGCCAUUAAUUGCUGACCAAUCGACAGUAAUUAAUGAUGAUUUUUCUUUAGAACCUUUUAUUGUUUCGACUUGGGAAGAUGGAAAAAGAUGAAAAAAAUUGAAAGA